AUCGGUAACAAACAAAACCCUGCAAACACGGACUCAGAAAGUGACCUGACCUUGACACCAACCCAGUCCAUCACUCCAUCGCAGUAUCUAACGUUCGAAUCCUCACUCUCUUCUCUUCCGUGUUUUCCUAUUACUACAUCACCAUUUCACCUUUUACAUUUUCCCACCUUAUGCUAAUUAGUGAACUAGCUUAGUAACUAAUCACUCUAGUAAUUUUCAUCACCAAAACUUACCUUUCCAUGUCGUUUUCCCGUUCCUAAUUUAUUAGUACUACUAUUUUUUCUUCAACAAAAAAUCAACACUCUGCUUGUGAACUUUAGAAUGUUCUAGGGUUUUAAAGUUACUCUUCUUCUUCUUCUUCAUCUUCUUCAUUCCCUUUGCUUGCUUCUUUCUCUAAGAAACAGGUUUGAAGAUGUUUGGGUUCUCUCGUAGACGCACCAAACUCGGAAGGUUGAAGGUUCAGCUUUCUGAGGGAACUAGAAGUCCUGUUCAUGUCAGGCAUCCCAAACGAAUUGCAAAUUCCAUUCUCAAUGGAGAUGGAGGAGAAGAAGAUGUGGAUGCAGUUACCGGCUCAAGUGGUCAUUCUCAUGAAAAUGAUAAUGAAAUUGAAAAUGUUUGCGCCGAUAUCAGUAGUGGUAGCUCUGGUGGGUCUGAGAAUUGGGUUUUGUUGUCGAUUUCUGGGGAUAAGCCUACUCCUAGAUUUAAUCAUGCUGCUGCUGUCAUUGGGAAUAAGAUCAUAGUGGUUGGCGGCGAGUCUGCUACCGGAUUGUUAGAUGAUGUUCAGGUGCUGAAUUUUGACACAUUUUCGUGGACUACGGCAUCAUCAAAGCUUUACUUGUCUCCGAGUAGUCUGCCGCUAAAGAUUCCCGCAUGCAGAGGUCAUUGUUUGGUAUCAUAUGGUAAAAAGGCACUUCUCAUCGGAGGGAAAACGGAUCCUGGAAAUGAUAGAAUUUCAGUAUGGGCGUUUGAUAUAGAAAGUGAGUGCUGGUCCCUAAUGGAGGCCAAGGGAGACAUACCGGUUGCUCGCAAUGGUCACAGUGUUGUUAGGGCAAGCUCUUAUUUGAUAUUGUUUGGGGGUGAAGAUGCAAAAAGGAGGAAACUGAAUGAUCUACAUAUGUUUGAUCUCAAGUCGUUGACAUGGCUUCCACUUCACUACACAGGAACAGCACCUUCUCCAAGAUUGAACCAUGUAGCCGCUCUUUAUGAUGAUAAAGUUCUUUAUAUAUUUGGAGGAUCAUCAAAAUCCAAGACCUUAAAUGAUUUAUAUUCACUUGACUUUGAAACGAUGGCAUGGUCAAGAGUAAAGGUUAAAGGUUUCCAUCCAUCACCUAGAACUGGUUGUUGUGGCAUCUUAUGUGGUACUAAAUGGUAUAUUACAGGGGGUGGAAGCAAGAAAAAGCGACAUGUAGAGACUCUGAUUUUUGAUAUUGUGAAAAAUGAAUGGUCUGUGACAAUUACUUCACCUCCAUCUUCUAUCACUACUAACAAGGGUUUCAGCUUGGUACUUGUGCAAUACAAGGAAAAGGACUAUCUUGUUGCAUUUGGGGGAUCCAAGAAAGAGCCGUCAAAUCAGGUGGAAGUGUUGGAGUUAGAUAAGAAUGAAUCAGCACUUAGAAGACGUUCAACUCCGAGUAAAGGUCCUGCGUCUAUACUGCUUGAAAAACAUUCAUCUUCCACUAGAUUGGCUUCUCAACUUAAUCAUUGUUCCCAACGUUUAGUUGACUCCGUAGCUAGACAAAAUCUAGCUUCUGCUGUUGAACAUGGUUCUGGAAGGAAAUCUCUUUCCGAUUCUGCUGAUCCCAAUUUCCACUCAACCAAUGUUUCCCUUCGUAAGCAAUUUGAUCGCGACGAAGAAUACAAUGCAGAUGUCAAAAUAGACAGGAACUCAGAUGGAAGUUUUAUACCUCAGGCGGCAGAUCAUAGAACAAUUGAAAAUGACCGUGGUAAACUGAUGAACAUUAGCGGAGCCAAGAUUAAUAUUGAAGGACAGGUGUUGUUGUCCGGGAAUUCAAAUCAACAAAACCAAGUAUUUGAAAAUGAUGCGCUAGAAAGUGAUAGUGUGUCUUUUCCUGAGAAUGAUAAAUCAGGGUCACUGUCUUCUACAAAUAUCUAUCAAUAUUAUGAAAGUAAAAUAGCGGCCCUAAUAAGAAAAAACGGAAUGCUGGAGGGUCAACUGGCAGCUUCUCUGACAAGCAGAGAAGUUGCAGAGAAAAGCUUAGCAUCUGUUCUUAAAAGCAGACAGGAAAUGGAGAAAAAAUUAGCCGAUACACUGAAGGAGGCCGAAGUACUAAGAGAGAAGCUAGCAAGUCUAGAAUUGGCUCAAGAAGAGGCCAACAACUUGUCAAACAUUGUCCACUCUGACAACGUUCGUCUUGAACAUGACGUGGCCUUCCUCAAGGCUGUUUUAGAUGACACGCAGAAGGAGUUGCAUUCAACACGAGGAGUUAUUGCAGGAGAAAGAAAUAGGGCAUUCCAACUACAGUACGAAGUUUUUCAUCUCAAACAGAGGUUGCAAUCGAUGGAAAAUCGGACAUCUACUACACCCAGGAAACCAUUUCACGUGCAGUGAAGGUAGUUGAAGCAGCUCACACUACUUUGCUCCUAGUUUUUAUGCCAUUUUGUCAUAUCAAGAAGCAUAUGAUUGUGUAUAAUCUUAGCUUACAUUAGAAGGAAAUGAUUGUGUAUAUUGUGCUAGUCCUCUUAGUUCUAUGUAUCCUAUUUAGAAUAACCAAUAACCACUAAUAAGUAAUAAAUAACAUUGAAAAGCAAAAGAUAAGCAAAUAUAUUAAACUUAUCUCAUACAAUGUAUAUUGUACUAGUCCUCUUAGCUGAUGGCACCAUUCUUACCUCUCGAAAAAGAUAUAGAACAGGCGAUUAUUGCUUUUUAUAGCAACCUUAUGAGAACAGCUAAUCAUAGCCACCCACAUUGAUAUUGAAGCUAUGAGAAGGUGCGGUCAGAUUAGCAUGGAGCAGAGGGAAUACCUUGUGAGCCAAGUAUUGAAGUUAAGGACAUUGAGACAACUUUACAUGGCAUUGGUGACUUGAAAGCCCGAGGAAUUGAUGCGUAUGAAGCGAAGUUCUUUUAAGGCUAGCUUCACAUAAUAAAGGAGGAUGUUAUUGCAGCCAUAAUGAAAUUCUUUGAACAGGGUAGGAUAUACAAGGCUUUUAAUAAGGGUAGGAUAUACAAGGCUUUUAAUAAAACUGAUGUUACUCUGAUACCUAAAAGUGAGAAUGCCAUGUAUGUUAAAGACUACAUGCCAAUAGCUGGAUGCACCAUAUUUUACAAAAUUAUCUAAAAUAUCACGAUAGCUUGAUUGGGAUGCCUA